CUUUAUUUAAAAUGUUUCAUCAGGAUUUUCCAUCACAAAUUGAGGAGGUGUUUUGGAUUAAAAUACCCAGCAGAGAAAACAUCACCCCACCCUGAGCUCAUCCAUUUAAUUGACAACUAUGCAGAUGUGUUUGAUGAACCACCUGGAUUACCUCCUGUUCGAGGGAUUGAGCAUCAGAUAACCCUCAAGGAGGCCAGCCUGCCUAAACACCAACAUCCUUACAGGGUAUCUCACAGUCAAAAGAAUGAAAUUGAAAAGAUCGUGCAAGAACUACUAUCCUCAGGGCUUAUUCAACCUAGCAAUAGCCCUUUUGCUUCUCCUGUACUACUUGUGAGGAAAAAAGAUUCUACCUGGAGAAUGUGUGUGGACUACAUGUACCUAAAUAAUUUAACCAUAAAGCAUGAUUUUCCCAUUCCUAUAAUAGAUGAACUGCUUGAUGAACUCAAUGGAGCACAAUACUUCUCUAAAAUAGACCUCAGAUCAGGCUAUUUUCAAAUCUUAAUGAGGCUAGAGGACAGGCAUCUUACUGCUUUCAAUACCCAUCAUGGCCAAUUUGAGUUUCUUGUUAUGCCUUUUGGCUUGUGCAAUGCUCCAGCUACCUUCCAAUCAUUGAUGAACCAGGUGUUUCAACAACAAUUGAGGAAGACUGUGCUAGUAUUUUUUGAUGAUAUCUUGGUUUAUAGAAAGUCUUGGUGUGAACACCUACAACACCUUGAGGAGGUUUUACAGGUUUUAAGGAACAACAAGCUAUAUGCUAAGAAGGGCAAAUGUCAGUUUGGCCAGGAGCAG